AUGGAUCAGUAUUUUCGGAUAUCUGAUAGGACAAGGACGCUUGAGCACCAGUACAUGGGCAUUCUUGCAAGGAAGCUGAAGAUGGAGGUUUUGCUGGUUGAGGAGGAUUAUGAGGAGUUGGGCAGGAGAUAUGCAGAGCUGGAGGAAGCAAGCAGCUGUAUGGAAGAAAAGUACAUGGAAGAUAUGAGAAAGCAGAAUGAGGAGAUGGGGCAACUCUAUCAUGAAAGAGAUAUGAUGAGGAUGAGGAUUGAAGAGAUCGACGAAAGAAAUAGAUGUUUGAUGGAAGAGUUAAAAGAUGCAUUGGAGAAGAAGCGAGCUGAAGAGCUGAGGAUGAUGGCGGAGAUAAGUAAGAUGAAUGAGGUUAUGAGGACAGUAGAGACGAAGAUCAAUGAUGAGGAGAGUAAUGAGAAUGUGAGCAAUGAAGUGUGGACGAGUGGUAUGAAGAGAAUGGAUGAGAUAUAUGAAGUGGUUAAAGCAGCAGAGGGCAAGUUUUGUGAGAUACUUAGUAAAAUGCAAUCUGAAUGUGAAAUGUAUAAGAGUAGCAUUGAAAAGAUGAAUACUGAGAUGAGUGAGAUGAGAGUUAGGCAAUCAGCAGGGAUGAAAGAAAAUGAGGCAAUGAAAGAAAGCAAAAUGCUAAUUGAAGAGGAGCUGAAGCGAGUGAAAUGCGAGAAUGAGGAGUUGAAUGACAAGAAUAUGAAGCUUAAGGAAGAUAGUGAUGCGCUUUGUCGUGCAAGGAGGUCGCUUGAGGAGAAAGAUGAGAUAAUAUGUGCACUGAAGGAAAAUAUGAAGCAGAAGUCAGAAGUGAUAGAGAUGCAAAAGAAGAUAAUUGAAGGAGGAUUACAGAAGUCUGUGGUAUCUAGAGAUGUUGUUUAUAAUGUAUUUGAUGAUGUUAUUGAGGCUGAGGAAAGUGGGAAUGAUCUUAUGCUAGACGAGGGAUGUGCUAGUAUAAAUGAACCGUACAAGGAGGUUCAAGCGGAAGAAGGAGUAUAUGGGAUGAAUGCACAUGUAUCGAAUGUAAAUAAGGGUGUGAAAGUACUUGGUAAUAAACAGCCAGCAAAAAGAUCUGUAAAUCUAGGUGUCACAAAAAGAGUCGGAAUGUACAAGAGCAAGGACAUGCCGAAAGCACAGCCAAAGGUAGUACUACACAACAAUACUAAAGAAUCUAAGGCAAAUGAUGCAACAGGUAUACAUGGAAUAAAGAAAUCGCCUGUAAAGAGAUUACUUGCAUCUGGAGGUCUUAUAAUGCCUGAGAAUUCAUCAUACUUUGCAGACUUGACAUUUAAUAACUCAAGCCCGGUUAUAAAGAAAGAUAUGUCGAGAUUUCCAAAGAAGAAGUGA